UGGCGGCGCCCGUGUGUAUCAGUAGAGGGGUCUUUAACUUGAUAGCAUUUUGGUACUGAGAGAACGUGGUAGAAGCAGAGGGGAGAAAGAAAAUGGAGGGGUAAUAAUGUUAGAAAGAAAAGUGUGGGGUUAGAAAAAGAAAAGAAAUGGUAGCAUUGGCAUGAGGGGGAGGCUGCGUCAUCCCUCGGAUCUUUGACACUUCUAAUAUCCUUUUCAUUAUUUGGCGCCUUGAAUUCACGACUGCGGAAAAGGAACUCAACAAUCACAGCCUAUCUCUCACUGUAUAGUUGGAGCAGAUACCACAUAUUAAAAUUUGAUUUUUAACUUUUCAUGGUGUGAAAAAAAACUAACCUAAAGAUGGAGCUUCAGUCAACUCACACUUAUAAUAUGACCGAUGAUGGGUCGAGGGAUUACGACAGGCCAAUUGUUUUAUUGGUCUUGGAACUUACAAGUCUUUUUAUCAUCAUGAUCAGUGCCUUCGUAGCCAACAUUACCGCUAUCACCAUCAUCUUAAGUGUGAAGACUCUGAGACAAACACCCCACAACCUACUCAUCCUAACCUUAGCUGUGGGUGAUCUAGGCGUUGUCUUCACUAGUAUGCCAUUCUCCGUCAUAUCUUCAUUAGAUGGUGGACAUUUUCUUAAGACUCAUCACGGUGUUUGCACGUUUAAUGGUUUCUGUGUGAUCAUGUUCUCACUCUUCAACUUCACAACCAUAGUCGCCAUUGCAGUAGAUCGUGUCUUCAUCGUCACUUCGGCAAAGAUACUUCAGAAUGGUCGUCUCAGGGUUGGUAUCAUGAUCGUCUUCAUCUGGUCAUUUUCAAUCGCUAUUGGUCUGUUGCCCGUCACGGGGUUGGUCUCGACGAUGAUAUACGUCCAUUAUACUCGUCACUGCACGUAUAAGGAUGACGAGGAGGACGACGAGCGAUUUCGCAUCGCUAUGCGGACCAUCAUCAGUGGUUUCGUGCUGCCGGCAUUGACGGUCUGCUACUCGAUCAUCGCGUAUUUCCUCUGGAAGCAGAAGCAGAAGUUGAGGGCACUUCAGGGGCUUGGAGGUAAUCAUCGUAAACAGAUGGAGAAGGUUACAGACAGGUCAAAGACUUCAUCUUCUACGGCAAUCACCACCGAUGCAUCCUGUCCGUCUACGACUGAUGGCUCGAUUGCAGAUGAGGCUACAACUCAGACAGAUUCGGCUACCAUCCCUCAAGAAAAGCGUGAUAAGAUUGUCGCGCGGGCAUCACCAAGAAGCAGCACUUCUGUUGAUCAAGAGGUUGAACCCAGCAAUGAGGAAGGGGACCAGUCUCCAUCUUCAGUCGUUAGUGAACUUACGAUGGAAGAGAGAAGCAGAGACAACAAUGUUGAUACUGCUUCCACUGUCAAAAGAGAAAAGAAAAACUUCGAGGUGCAGAAACGAGUGGCUCUUAUAGGGUUUCUGUUGGUGCUGUCUCAGAUCUUUUGUUGGGGACCUUUCUUUCUUGUUCGCGCCAUGUCAGCAGAUGUCUCUGAAAGUGUAGGCGUGUUUACAAUGUGGUCGGCUUACUGUGUCAAUGUUAUUAACCCACUCAUCUAUGCAUUCAUGAACAGGCGAGCUAGGAAAGAACUAUUCACCUACUUCAAUAUCAUCAAGAAGAAACUUCAGUGUAGAUUGGAUCGUUAAAAAGACUCUCAAACAUAAUGAGCAGAGUAUGAAUCUGUAAUAUGUUGUAUUGUAUUUUUGUCUUAAGCGUAUCCCGCAUAAGCCUCAGCUUUUAGGGUAUAUAUUAUACACCUUCUUUAAACUCAACAUGUACAUAUUUAUAUUCUUCAUGGGUUGAUGUUUGUAUGUUAAUAUUUACGAAAAUGUAAUGAAAUGGAAGAAAAUAUAUGUUUGUUUGAAUUGAAUUGAAUCGUAUAAUUCCCAUAACCGAGAGAUCAUAUUGCAAAUUUAAACAGCGAUUAAUUAAAAACAAAUAACAAAGAUUCACUGAAAAAAAGUUUGAAAAAUUCGUUUUUUAUUGAUUCUUUGUCUAAUUUUGUAAUAUUCUAAGUUAAUAUAAAUAACCUUGUGAUUACAACUUCAGAUUGUUCUCAAAGAAUUUCUUUCAAAUGCUGAAACGAUGGCAUGUAAUAUAUAACCGCUCUCCCUUUUAAAUUUAUAGGUCUCUAUACACAUCGUUUACAUUAAAUGGAUAUUAUAUGAUGCGUGUUUUAACACCAAGAAGUCAUUUAGGAGUUUAUGGGUACUCAGUUUUGGUUUCGAUGGCAAUUCAUACUCAAAUGUAUAAGGUUACAUGUAUCAUAGACCCUACAAUGCAUGUAUAUUGUCAAUGCAAUGAUAAUCCAAUGUUAUUGUAUGUUAUGUUGUCGGUUAAUGUAACGUUACGUUAUGCUGUGUUUUGUUGCCCUAGCUACGUCAUGUUGUGGUGGCUUGUUUUAUGUAGAUCCUAUACAUGUAUACAUUCGGAUUUAGGGUUUUAUCACUUUUGCAUGGGUUUGAUAUUAUCCAGCUAUGCCAGUUUAAAUCGAAUCCUUCGUUUUUAUUGAAACCUAAAGAUUUAUCUUCGAAUAUUUUAAAAUGAAAAAAAUAUACACUUCGAGCUAAGAUGGACUUCUUAAUUCAAUAGGUCCGUAGUGGGUUUAUCUUGAUUUAUUUUGAAUUUCGCAUACAUUCGUAAUUCCGAAGCUUCGUUAUUCCGAA